AUGGUGGCUGACGAUGGUAUCGGUUGGUGGAAGACAGCUAUGCAGGAUAGCACUAAACCAUUUCUGGAAAACCAUUCUAUCCGCUCUCUCAUCGAGCUUCUUGCGUCUGCGGAACAGAAGCCCCAAGGCUCGUUUCCCCGGGCGUACGAAGAAGAGUACGACCAGGUGCCAGAGCCCAGCUCAGCAGGUGAAGGAGAGACCGAAUACAAGUUGGCAGGGCUCGUAUGCGAUGAAUCGGAUGAUGGGACCCCAAGUCCUACGCUUACCCCAAUUCCCAUGCCUUCCCCUAAUGCCAGCGGAAUGAUCACCGUGACUGCGGCCGAUUUGUUCGCGUUUUGCCAGCAGAUGAUGGCUACGCGAGAGAACGCCCGAGUGCAAGCUUCUAUAGAUACGAAGGCCGUGACGACGUUCGAUGGUACCAACUAUCAAGCCUAUAGGAUAGGAAUCCUUGCGGACGCAGAGGUCAUCGGUGGCACGGAUAUCCUGACGAAGAACCAGCACGAACCGCCUGAAGAAUACGACACUAACCCGGUAGAAAAAGAACGUUGGAUAAGGAUUAGUAUUGAAAACACUGUCUCAUUAGCAGAGGAGCGUAUGAACGUUAUGAAAGAGCUCUCGACCUUAUUUGUCAAGGAUAAUGAUUAUCUUGCCUACCAGAGGAGAUUCCGCUACCUUGUUGCACGCCAUAAGAAAUUAGCCACCAAAACUGAUGAUUUUUAUCAUGAUCUCUUCCUCAACGGUCUACGAGACCACCAGAGAGCCUUCGCAAAGACUUGCCUUGACGAUUUCUAUGCGACUGGCCAAGAUCAGAUCGUAAACAUGGAUAUCAACAAUCUUAUGAAACAAUUGACCAAUCGUACGAGCAAGACGACGGAGACUGAACGUACGAAGAUACCUAGGGUGAAUGCUGUCACGAAUGACGGCAAUCCUCAGCUCAGUGCGUCCACUUCCACGUCAACAUCCACGAAGAGCAAAGAUAAAAACAAGAAUAGCAAGGAAGACAAAGCUAAUGACAAAAUGCCGAAUCUUCUUGCCUCCCGACCUAGUGCCGACUCUGCGAUCGCUCUAUCCGUGUCAUCCGAAAUAUCCUCCAAACCCUGGUAUCUCGCACAUGCGCCAGCUUUAAUAUGA